AAGGGCCUCUGUAACCCGCUUCAAAGCUCCCAUCUCAUACUAAAGCAACCAUGACUAACAUCCCUUCCUCAAAACCCAUCCACACCUCUCGCCAUUCUGCAUUCUUCAGCUCGUUCCAAGUCAAAGACUGCUGGGACGAAAUGGGUUCCGCCAUCCAACGAGGUCUUCAAAAUACGAUCAUGAAAUGCACUCGUUCCGGGACAAGAGAGCGCAAGAGAGCCUAUUACAGGCACAGCAAUCCCGCUGGGAAUUUGUUCUCUCUUUGCCUCGGAGGAUGCGAAGUCGGAAGACUUGUGUUCGUCGUCCAGUUGGUUGAGUUUUUGUGUAUUAUUGACGAUGUACUCGAGGACCUACCACACGGCGAAGCCUUGGUCGAACACGACAUCCUCUGCGAAGCCGUUCAUAACCAUAACGAGCCGGAGAUCUCGAUGACGACACCUUUCACCGAAAACACUCGCCCCGAAUGGAUAUCCUUCCUCCGCGAAAUCAAACAGGAAAUGAUGGAACUAGACCCCGUUCGGAGUCCCGCUCUGUUCCUGACUUUUGAGCAGAGCCUCAGGUCGCGUGAUAGUAGUGUGGUGGACUUCGACACGCUUGAAGAGUAUCUUCCAUACCGACUGCUCAACUUUGACUACGAAUUCGUAUCUCAACUUCUUCUCUGGGCAAUGAACAUCGAUCUCACACCCGAAGAAACCUCGUCUCCCGUUCUGCAGGACUUCAAACAUUCCAUUGGAAUCAUCGUCGGCCUCGUCAACGACUAUUUCUCGUGGGAGAUGGAAAAAGUUCAACUCGAACAGUCGGACCGGGUUCGUAACGCUGUCGCUGUCGUGAUGAAGGAGCGUCGUAUACCUGAGAGGAAGGCUAAAGCGGAGGUUAAGAAGGUUAUUCUUAGAGAGGAAGUGAAGGUGAAACUGACGAUGGCCCUGUUGCACGGGACGGGACAACGCUCCUACUCGGAGGCGCUUGGACGGUACCUCGAUGAACUUGAAGUCUUCGCCGGCGGGUAUAGCUAUUGGUGCGCUACGUGUCCGAGGUAUAGUAGGCCGCAGAGUGAUUCUGACGAGACGUCGGACGAUAGUGAUUGAGAUUCAAAUCAAAGGGAUCCUUGUCUUGCAAAUUGUAAUAGUAUACUGUACUGUAUUGCAGCGAUAAUUUCGGAUCGAGUUUUUACCGAAA